CGAGUUCACAAUCUAUGGCUCCAGUCUCGCGUCGAGUCCCGUCGCGGCGCAUCUUUCUAAGGUCCGUCUCCCUUGGGACCGAUCGAUCUCGAGCGGGCCGAAAGAUCGAUUGCUGGUCCAUCGGAAAUCAAAAGUCGCGUAGGUGUUCAGAAAUAUAUGUAGAUAUUUUCUUAUUUUAAUAUUCCCCAUUGGUGACGUGGAUCUUAACUUAAAGAAAGCUGUAUAUUACUUAUUUUCGAGAUAUUUAAAUGUAUAUGUAUUAUUGCUCGUAAUAACGUGCGAACAACGAAGAAACAAGACAAACUAGAUAAAAUAAAAUUUCACUUCUAGGUCUGUUUUAAGUCUUUUUUUUUUAGUUGGUCAAUAUUUAAUUUAUAUUUAAUUUAUUCAACAUUUGUAUUUAAUACUUUAUGUCUCAAAAUAUUUAUUUAUAUAGGCGAUUACACACAUAGAAAAAUUGGAGUUAAGAUAAUUUUGAGGUUCUCAGUUUUUGAUAUUUUUAAAUAAUUGUUCAAAAAUCUGUUUCACUUCUAUACGUUAGAUAGGAAAAUUUGAGCACCACGUUGCCAAUCGUAUCACAGAUCAUUCGCGGCACGAGGUCGGGAAUUAUUGAUCGAACCGCGGAUCUGAAUUGGGACUCGAUUCCCAAAGUGCUGACCUAACCGAGCGAUUUUUUGAGAAUGAUCUUUGAUCGCGGCUCUCGGCUCAUUCACGCGUGAUCGCGCGCAUCGUUGGAGAUCAUAACGUCACGUCGAACACAGUUAAUCGCGAUAUGCGCGAUCAUCAACCAACCCACGCAUGUGUCGCAGAUCUGUUAGCGCGAAUUAUAUUUGCGAGCGACUCAUGCUAGUUAUGGAAUUAUAUUAGACUGCUGUUCGUUUAAACAGGCGAGGGAAUGAUCGCGACGACUUGGGAAAAUUCUUCGAGAUCAACCAAGGAUCAUGUGUAUUAGAUACGCAAGUAUCAACGAAACCGCGAGUUAAAAAGAUAAUUCAGGAUAGUGUUGAUAAAAAGAAUCGGAUCAGAAGUAGGAAGCUGCGAGUUUCUUACGCGAGAAUGUUCGCACUGCUGUUGCUGACAACCUGGAUCGUCCUGGCAUCUCAGUUCGUCCAGGACGGAACAGCGACAGGGCAACGUUACACAACUCUGAGUCCGACUCAAGAUCUGGACAACACUCUGCAAUCUGUGGCACCUCUCGGGCCAAACGUGUGCAGAUCGAGGCAUAAAAAUUAUUGUUGUCCAGGAUGGUCGAAGAAACUAGAAACCGGCCUAUGCGUCAUUCCAAUUUGCGCAAGACGCUGCGGUUCUCUUGGAAGAUGCAUAAGGCCCAAUAUAUGUUUAUGUGAGGGCGGCGUUGUCGCUUCCUCCUGUGGCAACGGUCAAAGCAAAGUUAUCACCCACGAGAACGGAAACGGUGGCGAUCGCGGUGGCGAUCGCGAUGGCGAUCGCGGCGGUGAUCGUGGCGAGACCGGCAGAUGUAGAGUUCAUUGCAUAAACGGGAAUUGCGUCGAUGGUCGAUGCCAAUGUCGCAGCGGAUACCAAGGAGAAUUCUGCAAUGAACCAAUUUGUCGUGAGCCCUGCUUAAAUCAAGGAAGAUGCAUUGGCCCAGAUCGUUGCGCCUGCAUCUACGGUUACACCGGAAGACGUUGCGAAACCGAUUACAGGACCGGGCCCUGUUUUACCAAAGUAAAAAACGGCCAAUGCUUGGCGAGCCUUCAGGGGGUGGUUUGUACGCGACAGUUGUGCUGCGCCACCGUGGGGAAAGGCUGGGGCCACCCCUGUGAGAGGUGUCCCGUCAGAUUGGAUUGUGAGUUAGGUCACUUAAAGACCAAUCAAGGCCAAUGUGUUGAUAUCAACGAGUGCGAAGCGAUUCCCGGGCUUUGCCAGGGUGGAAAGUGUCUGAACACACCCGGCUCGUUUAUCUGUGAGUGUCCCGAAGGACAAGCCCGGGAUCCCGAGACUAACGAGUGUAAGGACAAGGACGAGUGCCAAGAGGAAGGCAUUUGCGCGGACGGCCGAUGCAUAAACACGAUUGGCGGUUAUUAUUGCCACUGCAAUCCGGGAUUCAUACAAAGCCAGGAUCGCAAAUUCUGCAUCGAUGGUAGACAGGGACUGUGUUACACUGCGGUCAACCGUAACGGACAGUGCAAGAAUCGGCUUGCGAUGCGAUUGAGUAAAAAAGAUUGCUGUUGCGGUAAGAACAUGGGUCGAGGAUGGGGCGAUGAAUGCUUUAUCUGUCCCAAUCCUGGAAGUGACGAUUACAACAGGCUUUGCUCGCAACUCCAGUCGAUCACCGUGGUGAACGAGUGCGCGCUGCGACCGGACAUCUGCGGCGAUGGGAAAUGCAUCGAUACCAAGGAGGGUUACGAAUGCGAGUGUUAUCCGGGUUUCACGAGGAAACCCGGCGGUAGGUGUGAAGAUGUAGACGAGUGCCAAUUGGAUUAUUGCCAAGGCGGAAUCUGUCGCAACUAUCCCGGCAGCUUUGCCUGCGACUGUCCACCCGGCUUCGUCGUCUCCGGCGAGGGCAGAUACUGCACCGAUCAUGACGAAUGCCAGGACACAGGCAUGUGCACCAACGGACAUUGCAUCAACAUGAACGGCUCCUUCAAGUGCAAAUGCAAUGAUGGUUACACGCUGUCGCCGACAAGGAAUACUUGCAUAGAUAUCAACGAAUGUGUAGAAAAUCCGCGGAUCUGUUUGAACGGCCGCUGCGAGAACACGCCAGGGUCCUAUCACUGUAUCUGUCAAUCAGGCUUUACUCCUUCAAGAGACAAUACAUUCUGCGUGGACAUGGACGAAUGCGCCACCAGCGGAAUGUGCGAGAAUGGCAAGUGUGUUAACAUGGAGGGCUCCUUCAAGUGUGUAUGCGACUCCGGCUUCAGGAUCGGUCCCGACUUAAGCCAUUGCAUCGAUAUCGACGAAUGUGUCAAUUCGCCUUGCCAAAAUGGACGUUGCAUUAAUACACCUGGCAGUUUUCGAUGUGAGUGCCAUCCGGGAUUCAAUCUGGGUCCUGACGGAAGAUCCUGUUUAGAUACGAGAAGAGAUCUGUGCUAUUCGCAGUACAGAGAUGGUCAAUGCUCCAACCCGACGUCCACGGCCGUGACAAAAUCCAGUUGUUGCUGUUGCACGGUGAUCCUGGGUCAACCAUUGGGCUGGGGUAGUACCUGCCAACCUUGCCCACUUCCGGACACCUCGGAAUUCGAAGCUUUGUGUCCACAUGGUGCCGGAAUGACUUAUAAUGGUGACGACAUCAACGAAUGUGCUCAGAAUCCUAACAUCUGCGUCAAUGGCGGAUGUGAGAACCUCAUGGGAACAUACCGAUGUAUCUGCGACAACGGGUAUGAAGUGGAUGCAACGGGGAAGAUAUGCACCGACAUCAAUGAGUGUGAAUUAGAGCACUCCUUGUGCAGCGGCGGACAGUGUCGAAAUACACCCGGUAGUUUUCAGUGCAUUUGCCCGACGGGCAUGAGAUAUAACACACAGAAUCAAAUGUGCGAGGACGUGGACGAAUGCGAGGAGUUGGGACCAGACGUGUGCUUCAACGGUGUUUGCAUCAAUACUCCGGGAGCCUACGAGUGCGAGUGUUCCCCUGGCUACAUUCUCGACAACACCGGUCACAUUUGCAUGGACAAUCGAAGGGGUUCCUGCUGGACUAAGAUGAUAGACGGUCGCUGCGAGUACAACCUGCCAAAGCUGACCCUGCGCUCGGAGUGUUGCUGCUCAGUCGGAGUAGCCUGGGGCAGCCCUUGCGAGAUUUGUGACCAUUCCUUCUGCGAGUGCUCGAAAGGUUACGCGAAGGUGGACGGCAAAGGCUGCGCGGACAUCAAUGAAUGCGAGCUCAAUAGCGGAAUCUGUAAGGGAGGCACUUGUGUCAACACAGACGGCUCAUAUCGUUGCGAGUGUCCCCCUGGUCUCACUUUGGAUACGACGCACACUACUUGCAUCGACACCAGGCAAGAAACAUGCUUCUUGGACUAUCGUCAUGGCCAAUGCACCAGUCCCAUAGAGGGCCACUUUUCCAAGAGUCUCUGCUGCUGUUCCGUAGGCCGCGCCUGGGGCAACGAUAAAUGCGAGCUGUGCCCCAAAAUAGGUACACAGGUCCAUGCAGAGUUGUGCCCACGUGGGGACGGCUUCACUGAACGUCAGGAUAUCAACGAGUGCGUUGAGUUCCCAGGAAUGUGCUUGAACGGUAGAUGCAAGAACACAAUUGGCAGCUACAGUUGCAAGUGCAAUCAAGGUUUCGCGCUCGACGAGCACGGUAUUAAGUGCAAUGACAUUGACGAGUGCGAGAUCAUGCGUGGGGUGUGCGGCAAUGGCACCUGUAGGAACACGCCCGGUAAUUUUCAAUGCGAUUGCAAUCCUGGCUAUCGUAGCAGUGACAUCAUGAAGAUUUGCAUGGACAUAAACGAGUGCGAAGAGACGCCAGGAUUGUGUCGCGGUGGCACUUGUAUUAACACCGAAGGGAGCUUCAAUUGUCAGUGUCCUCCGGGACACGAGCUGGGGCCCGACAAGCAAUCUUGCAAAGAUAUAGACGAAUGCUCGAGAACUAGCGGUAUAUGCUCGAAUGGCGUAUGUGAAAAUAUGAUGGGCACCUAUCAAUGUAUAUGUGACGAUGGCUAUCAGCAAACGGGCCUUAGAUCACAUUGUGAGGACAUCAACGAAUGUGCGAUUGGUAACGGUGGUUGCGAGGAUAUUUGCUUGAAUACGCCGGGCAGCUUCUCUUGUACAUGCCGUACUGGCUACGCUUUGAACUUGGAUGGCCGAACUUGCGCGGACGUUGAUGAAUGCAAGGAGAAUCCUCGAAUCUGCAACGGAGGGAAAUGCCAGAAUAGAUUGGGCGGCUACUUAUGCAACUGCACGAACGGCUUAUUACCUGGAAGGGAUGGCAUAUCCUGCAUAGAUGUUGACGAGUGUACGACACAGCCGCGAAUAUGCGGAUUUGGCGAAUGCUACAACACGAUCGGCUCCUUUAACUGUCGUUGCGAGGAAGGAUACUCGGUGAAACCAGCGGAGGGACCAUCGUGUUCCGACGAUGACGAGUGCCGGCUGAACGCUUAUUCCUGCAGCGAGUUUGCCGAGUGCCAGAACACCCAAGGCUCGUACGUGUGCACUUGUCACGAGGGUUUCACCGGGAAUGGGAUCGAGUGCUGGGAUAUCAACGAAUGCUCCACGAACAAUGGCGGCUGCGACUCCAACGCACAUUGUAUCAAUACCGAAGGUUCUUUUAAGUGCGUAUGUGAUGCUGGCUUUCGAGGCGACGGUUAUAGUUGCAAGGACAUUGACGAAUGCACAGAGGACAACACGCUCUGCGAGAAUGGGCAUUGCCUGAACUACCCAGGUGCUUAUCGUUGCGAGUGUGAAAUGGGUUUCAUGCAUCCAGAUGAGCGUAAUGAACAGGCAUGCAUGGACAUCAAUGAGUGUGACAUGUUCAGCAAUCUUUGCGUCUUUGGUCGCUGCGAGAAUAUUUUCGGCAUGUUCCGCUGCGAGUGCAAUGAGGGUUACAAGCUCGAUGGUUCCGGCGGCAACUGUACCGACGUAGAUGAGUGCGAAAGCCCACAGUCCUGCCAAUACGGCACCUGCAUCAACACGCAGGGCAAAUACAUCUGCAGAUGUCCACCGCAUCACGAACUGGUAGAAGCUGGGAAUGCUUGCGUUGACAGACGGGAAUCGCUUUGUUUUACUGGUUACGAGCACAGUACCGGACGACCCCAAUGCAUCUUCGAGGUAUCAUCAUCAGUGACGAAGGCAACGUGUUGCUGCAGCAUUGGCACCGCCUGGGGCAAUCGUUGUGAGGAGUGCCCACAGGUCGGUUCGAAAGAGUACGAACAACUGUGCCCUAGCGGGCCAGGAUACAGGCCGAAUCGCGUGACCGUCAUUCUGGAAGACAUCAACGAGUGUGAAGAGCACGAGAAUAUCUGCCAGAAUGGUCACUGUACCAACACAUUCGGUAGUUUCAUGUGCUCCUGCAACGAAGGCUUCAUCCUGGACGAUUCUAAGACUAGUUGCAUUGACAUAAACGAGUGCGCGCUGCAUCCACGAAUAUGCGGCGUAGGAUACUGCAUCAACGAUCAAGGGAAAUACCAUUGCGAAUGUCCCGAAGGAUACAUGGCAAUGCCUGGAGGAAAGGAGUGCGUAGACAUGAGGAAGGAAUUCUGCUACCUUACUUACGAUUCCGGACAGUGCCUUAAUCCCAUGGUGCAACCACAGACAAAGAUGCUGUGCUGCUGCUCCAUGGGAGCCGCAUGGGGCAGCCUUUGUGAGAAAUGUCCUGGUGAAAGGACCCGUGAACACGAGAUUCUUUGCGGACUGGUUCCAGGCCAGAUCAUGAAUCCAAUCACAAAUCAUUCCGAGGAGAUCGACGAAUGCGCUCUUAUGCCAACAAUGUGCACUCACGGCCGUUGCAUGAAUACACCUGGCAGCUUCGAAUGUCAAUGCAAUCGCGGCUACAUUUACGAUCAGGACUCACAUCAGUGCAUUGACGAGAACGAGUGUCUACAGAUACCGAAUCCCUGCAGCGGGAACGCUCAGUGUAUCAACCAGCAGGGCUAUUUCGAGUGCGUGUGUCCGGCUGGUUACAAACUCGGACCCAGCCAACACGAUUGCAUUGACAUCGACGAAUGUUACGAGCGACCAGGCAUUUGCAGUAACGGCGCGUGCAGUAACUUGCAAGGUGGCUUCCAGUGCAUCUGUCAUUCUGGAUUUUCGUUGACACGCGACAGGGACAACUGCGUUGACAUUGACGAAUGCCAGCGCAAUCCAAAUAUAUGUAACAAUGGGACUUGCAUCAACACCUUGGGUGCCUACAAGUGCCAAUGCUACCAAGGAUUCAAGCUCAGUCCGAAUAACGACUGUGCGGAUAUUAACGAAUGUCGAAUCAUGCCGUUUUUAUGCCGCAAUGGCCGAUGUCGGAACACGAUCGGCGGCUUCGUUUGCGAAUGUGCGGACGGUUAUGUGUUGGCGCAAGACGGCCAGCACUGUCGCGACAUCGAUGAGUGUUUUGAGAUACCGGGAUUGUGUCCACCUCCAGGGAAAUGUCAAAAUUUAAUGGGCUCUUACAUAUGUACCUGUCCGCUGGGAUACGAACUGGAUCAUUCGAGAAAGAAAUGCGUUGACGUAGACGAGUGCGUGGAGACAAGAGGCAUUUGCGAAAACGGACAAUGCAUUAAUACAGAGGGUGGAGUGAUUUGCGAGUGCCCAGUCGGAUAUCGAUUGAGCGAGAGACCAAACUCGAUGAAGUGCAUCGAUGUAAGGGAGGAACAAUGCUAUGAUAAUUAUAGACGAGGCCAAUGUACCCUUCCACGAGAGGGUGGAAUGACCAAGAAGCAUUGCUGCUGUACGAUGGGCAAGGCUUGGGGCCGUUAUUGCGAGCAAUGUCCGCCCGAAAACAGUGAGGAAUUCAAAAGGAUGUGUCCAGAAGGACCGGGCCGGGAUGAUACCGGAAUCGAUCUGAACGAGUGUUUGUUUAUGCCGGAUGCUUGUUCUGGCGGUGAGUGUAUCAAUACGGAUGGCUCAUUUCGAUGCGAGUGCCCAACCGGAUAUGUGUUGGAUGAAACCGGAAGGCGAUGUGUGGACAACAACGAGUGUCUGACUGUGCAGAAUAUCUGUGGAAAUGGUACUUGCCGCAACAUCGACGGUGGUUUUGAGUGUUCUUGCAAUGAAGGAUACGCACCGGGAGCUCAUCAGGUGUGCGAGGAUGUAAAUGAGUGUCUAGAAAUGGGCAAUCAGUGCGCCUUUCGAUGCCACAACGCGCCGGGCUCCUUCCGAUGUAUCUGUCCUUAUGGAUACACUCUGGCACCUGACGGCCGUCAUUGCGUAGAUGUCGAUGAAUGCGCGACGCCGGCGAACGACUGCAGAUUCCAAUGCAAGAAUCUAAUUGGCACCUUCAUGUGCAUCUGUCCGCCUGGCUACCAAAAGAUAGGACUGGCGGACGAGUGCAAGGAUAUCAACGAAUGUUCCAUUAAUUCCGGCCUCUGCCAGCAUGGCCGUUGCGUCAAUUUAGAAGGGAGCUAUCAGUGCCUCUGCUACGACGGUUUCGAGCAAAGCGCGGAUGGAAAGUCGUGUAUUGACCGAAGAGUUGGCUAUUGCUUCCUGCAAACGAUCGGCGGCAGAUGUACCGCUAGAACUUCGGAACUGCGCACGGUUACGAAGGCAGACUGUUGCUGCACCAUGGGAGCGGCUUGGGGACCACAAUGCGAGAUCUGUCCAUCCAGAGACUCCGACAAUUAUAACGAGCUUUGUCUGGACAAAGGAUUCUCUGUGAACGGACAAGAUAUCGACGAGUGCAAAACCAUACCCGAUCUUUGCAAGAAUGGCCUUUGCAUCAACACACUCGGAUCCUACAGAUGUAUUUGUAAUAAGGGCUAUAAGGCCGACAAAUCUGGUAUUCGAUGUAUUGAUAUUAACGAGUGCGAAUUAACACCGAAACCAUGCAAAUACAAUUGCCAGAACACUGAGGGCAGCUUCAUCUGCUCAUGUCCGUCGGGUUUCAUCCUGAAUCCCGACGGUGUCAGCUGCAGGGAUCUAGACGAGUGUGCAAUCGGAAAUCAUCUGUGCCAGCAGAAUUGUAUAAAUACACCAGGAAGCUAUACUUGCGAUUGUCAAGAAGGCUACACCCAACAGGGAGAUGCGUGCCAUGAUAUAAACGAAUGCAAUCAACCAGGAAUUUGUCCGAAACCUGGCAAAUGCAUUAAUACUUUGGGAAGUUUUCAAUGUAUUUGUCCAAGAGGUUUCAAAUUAGACCAUACUGGACGAUUCUGCAUAGAUCACAAUGAAUGUGCUGACGAUACUAAUUGCGAACAUGGUUGUCAGAAUCUCAUGGGCACUUACCGUUGUGGAUGCCCGGAAGGUUUUGUCCAACACCUGUAUCAUAAUCAGUGUAUAGAUGAAAAUGAAUGUAAUUCAUCACCGUGCGGAGAUAUCACUUGCAUUAAUACUAUUGGAAGUUAUAAAUGUGGAUGUCCGGAUGGAUAUCAAUACGAUAACAAUUUGGCCAUUUGCGUGCAGGUAAGCGCAGGAUGUCUUGGAUCUCCGUGCGCCUUUGGAUGUACUCCGAAUGGAGCUAAUGGAUUUAUCUGUGGCUGCCCGACUGGUUAUCAGCGAAUAGGACAGGGUCAUUGUCUAUCUACCAUUAAUCCGUCGCAUCAAGGACGUUAUGAUGAGGACAUUGGCAAUGUGCCAACUUUCCAAAUUAAUCCUGAUCCUUAUCAUAUACCGCCAGCUGAUGAUAAGACGAUUUCUACGGAAGGCUGUUUCUCAUGCAAGGUAAACGGAAAAGAGCGGCACAGAAGAGGCGCCAAGAACAGAUCGAUGGACAGAGUAAUUAGAACAAGGAGAGGUGAAAUAAAAAAGAAACGUCGAAACAUCAGGCCGAAGAGACAUCAUCACGGAACAGAGUACAUGCUCAAGAUCAAUCUGCGUCAGACAAGACAUCGCACACGGAUUAUCAAAUUGCAAUCCGCCCUCGAGGACGAAGAUGUGGACUAUAUCAUUUCGCGGGGCAAUCAAGACGGACACUUCGAGAUCGUCAGGGAACACGGUGUUUCCGCUCUGCACUUCCGGCAUCGGCUGAAAAGUCCCGGCGAGUUCCAUUUAGUUAUCCACGGCCAUCCCAAAAACGCGACGGCAAUGAGAACAGAAUGGGAGAAACCGCUGACGUUCAUGAUCCGUCUCAUAGUCACGGAAUAAGAUCGUCGGGGGGAGGAUCUAAAAUAAUGGAAUUGCGUGAGAAGAUCACUGCCCGACACUGCGUAACGCUUUUCUCUUAGUCAAUUUUGCGUCAUUAUCUCGAGCUACGGCAAAGUAUUAGAAGCACCAACGUACGUAAGAAAGAAGAAUUACAGAACGAUGCGUAGUAGCCAAAAAUGUAAGUAGCAGAGAACGUCUGUCUCUCUGAAAAAUUGGAAAUUUUUAAUAGAAUAAUGAUCGAAGAUAGUGAAGCGCCUUGACCUUUUGUGUUCAAUUGCGUGCGAUUUGCAUUAUUUAACUGCCAGAUAAUAAAUAUAAUUAUUUUACAAGCGAUUCUUUGCGAUUACUAUUUUACGAUGUCCUCAUUAUUUCCACUGCCAAUUGAAUGAUGAAUUUUAUAACCUUAUGUUUGAAAUUGUUUUAAGUUUAUUCGUGGGUAAUCUUAACACUUUGACGGCCACACGUUUCACGCGAAUACUACUGUGUGCCGUCGGCACCUUUCGCAGAGUCAUUCAAAAUAAAACUGUAUUAUUUAAAUUAUAUAUAAUAUACUCUUUAUUUUUUUAAUAAUAUAAAUAUUUUUAUGAAAAGAGUAACCUGAAUAAUUGAAACAAUUAAAAUCUGAUGUGAUUGGAUUGAAAAAAUAAAUAGGAAUUGCGCGAAUAAAUUCACGUGACACCGACGAGUAUCCGUCGGUUACCGAAAUACAACAACGGCCAUCAAAGUAUUAAAAUUCUAUCCAGUCAUUAAAUAAUCGUACAACGUCGAAAUUUUACUAAAACAAUCUUAUAUAAGAUCGGAUUAUGAAAAUUGAUCUAAACUCUACUUUUCGACAUUCAAUGGUUUAUAUGUUGCAAUAAUUUUGAUAUAUAUUCGACAUAAAUUAAUCGCUGCAUUAAACAUCCAUACUCUAGAAAUUGUAAUAAUUAUUCUGUGUCCAAUUAUUUUAUGUCGUCAAAAAACAAAAAGUGUUCUUUUUAUUUACUGCCUAUAAUUUUUACUUAAAUAAUUAGAUUAAAAAGGUAACAUGAUAGAGUAACAUGUACAAAACGUUAGAUUAUUAUAGCUUUAAGCAAGCAAACGCACGUGUACACAUAUACAAAAAAAUAUAGUUUUAUAUAUUUAUAAAUUUUAACUUGGAACGCACAAAUGUAGUCGCAUGUACAAAAUCAAUGGAAACAUUUUGUGCUUCAACUUCAAAGAGAAUUUAUUAGUAUAUAUCAUCGAUACGCACAGUCGCUUUUGAUUAUAUUGCAUGUUAUUACUUCAUGUCUACAUCAUGGUAAGGAUGUUAAUUAUGUAUAAUAUAUUAAAGAACAUGUCAGUAUAUAAUAAAGAUGUGAAUAUAAAAUUUAUUUAAA